CCGACAGCGGGUGGGUCCGGGCCAUGGGGCUGCCCUGGGCGGUGGGGAGCACGGAGGGAGCGCCCGUGCGGCUGCCCCUCGUGCUCACCGCGUUGUGGGCCGCGGCGGUGGGUCUGGAGCUGGCCUACGUGUUGGUGCUGGGUCCCGGGCCGCCCCCGCUGGGACCCCUGGCCCGGGCCUUACAGCUGGCGCUGGCCGCCUUUCAGCUGCUUAACCUACUGGGCAACGUGGGGCUCUUCCUGCGCUCGGACCCCAGCAUCCGGGGCGUGAUGCUGGCCGGCCGCGGUCUGGGCCAGGGCUGGGCUUACUGCUACCAGUGCCAGAGCCAGGUGCCGCCACGCAGCGGGCACUGCUCCGCCUGCCGCAUCUGCAUCCUGCGUCGGGACCACCACUGCCGUCUGCUGGGCCGCUGCGUGGGCUUUCGCAACUACCGGGCCUUCCUGUGCCUGCUGCUCCAUGCCGCGGGUGUCCUGCUCCACGUCUCUGUGCUGCUGGGCCCCGCCCUGGCAGCCCUGCUGCGAGCCCACUCAGCCGUCCACACCGCCACCCUCCUCCUGCUGCCCUGGCUCAUGCUGCUCACAGGCCGAGUGUCUCUGGCGCAGUUCGCCCUGGCUUUCGUGACUGACACGUGCGUGGCGGGUGCGCUGUUGUGCGGGGCCGGCCUGCUCUUCCAUGGGAUGCUGCUGCUCCGGGGCCAGACCACCUGGGAGUGGGCUCGGGGCCAGCACUCUUACGACCUGGGCCCCUGCCACAACCUGCAGGCGGCCCUGGGGCCCCGCUGGAUUCUGGUCUGGCUCUGGCCCUUCUUGGCCUCCCCAUUGCCGGGGGAUGGGAUCACCUUCCAGACCACAGCUGAUGUGGGACCCGUGGCUUCCUGACUCCAGGAAGAGCCAGAGCUGAACAGAGAGGGGAGAGCGAGAGGGGGGCUCAUAACGCAUUUCAGGCCCACCCCCAGCCUCAGGAGGGGAGGCAGGCUGGUACUCAAUGCCUGCUUAUGGCAACUCGAGCCCCAUCCUUGGCCUUGCCCCUGCCCGGCUCGGACUCCGAGUAUCCGGGGCUUAGGCCCUGCAAUUCUGCCUCUGUCAGUGGCCACCAAAUGCAGUGGAGGGUCUGGCAAGAGGCUGGUCUGGCAGCCUCGCUGCCCCCUUGCCAGGUUAAUAAAGUGCCCACUUGGUUCUUGGACUCCCUCCAUCUUUGUGGGUUUCUGGUCCCUUACAGUUGCCUGGCUGCUGUUUCACGUUCCUUUGGUUAUCACGCCUGGGAAUGACAGAAUGCCCGAGCCUGUGAGGGGCCGGGGCUCUGCCUCCUGUGGCCUCGGCGGGUAGGUGUAGGGGCACCUGCAGGCGGCAUGUAGUGACCCAGGGUAUGGGAAUGUAAAAUUCUUCCCCAGGUUCAGUGCUUUAUAGUUAGAAGCAGUUCCCCACAACAAUUUCACUGAACCUCUCUCCAGCUAACCCGGUCCUGACCCAGUCUACUGGGCAGCAAUUACGCAGGUAAAAAACGUAAAGCUAUGAGAGUCAAUGUGGUAAGGUCGCGGGGUAGUAAACGGAGGAGCCAGGGUUUGAACCCGGACUGUUGUGCUUUCACCUUCACCCCUGCACAGCUGAGCGGGGACAGUGGGACAGUCAAGGCAGAGAAGUUAGGUGCGGUGUUGAGUGUCUGUUCAGGAGCUACUUGUUAAACAAUUUUAUUUAAAUAUAGUAACUAGAGUUAAAUGUGGUAGGUUUUAGCACAUUGUCUGUAUCCUCUUAAAAUCUAAGAUGGUAGUAAAGAGAAAAAGAUGUAAGUUUACAAGAAGAAAAUAGGAGGGAGACAGCGGUAAACCAAAGAGCCUGCCUCAUGUACUCUCUUAGCAGAGAAGCAGAAGCUGUACUCCCAGAGGGAGGGAGCCGAGAGGCAGCCACAUUGCCCCCGGAACUCUGGGGAGGCUCAGGAAUCCCACCAGCACCUCGGAAGGCAAGGUUUGCGGCUGAGGCAGGAGGGGCCAAUCCGAAGUCUAGGAUGCCCCUCCCCCCAGUACCCACCCCACCUCUCACAGUCCAGCAGCUACCAGUCUGGGGUGAAGGAGGGGGCUAUGUGAAGCAGCUUUGGGUCUCAGGAGCACUGGGGAAAGCAGGGAUGAGAAGCAGGACAAAAACUGGGGUUCAGCAAAAGUCUACAGAUGUUGCUCGGGUGCGGGUCUUCCAGUGACGUGGAAGGCUUGCUGGCCAAGAACCUCAGAGAAGUGCCCCUUCUGGCAGGCCCUGCACGUGCCCACGAAGGUUUCAGCUGCUGGGACUUUGGUUUUUCCAAAGGGCACGUACUAUCACUAUUGUGUGACUGUACAGCACGUGGUUGCCUGGCACUCCGCGCGGUACACGAGCGUUGGCAGGCCGCCUCUCUGCUCCUUUGCUUUACCACCCCACCCCCAAAGAUCUUGUUUUUUAUUAAAAAGGAGAUGCAAGAAAAUACUUAUAAAAUAAAGAGAAACAACACCCUCCCACCCCCAUUUAAGAAAUGGGUGCCAUUUCCUGGGAUCUCCCUGUUGUGCCCCUCCCUGGCAGGGGACACAUUGCUGUCUUAGUCAUUCCCUGGCUUUGCUUUGUAAUUUCAUUACAUGUUUGUAUUGGUUUUGCAUGUUUUUGAAUUUUAUAUAAAUGGAAUCACACUGUGUUUUUCCUUCUGUGACUUGCUUUUUCACGCAAUAGGAUGUUUCUUAGAUUUGUCCAAAUUAUUGUGUGCAGCUAUGAGACGUUCCUUCUUGCUGUAUAGUGACCCUCUGAAUAUGCCACAACUUAUUUUCUAUUUUGUCCUGCCGGUCACUUUAUCUAUCCCUGUGUAUGGUCCCCUAAGAUCUAGUCUUGGUCCUUGCACUUCAGUAUAGGUUUUGGAAUCAGCUUGUCAAGUUUCACCAGCAGAAACACCUUUGAGAUUGUGAAUGGAACCCACUGAGUCUACUGAUCAUUUUGGGGAAAAUCGACCUCUACAUGAAAUUAAAUUUUCUAGUUAAUUCCAUUUUGGUCUGAGAGCAGACAUUGCAUGGUUUCUAUUCUAUUAAGUUUGCUAAGGUGCAUUCGAUGGCUCAGAAUGUGAUCUAGCUUGGUACAUGUUCCAUGUGAGCUUCAGAAAAAUGUGUAUUCUGCCGCUGUUGAAGUAGCCUACAGAUGUCAGUUAUAUCCAGUCGGCUGAUGGUGCUGAGCUCAACUACGUCCUUAAAUACCAUAAUUAAAGAUUGAAGAGAGAACAAAAAGAGUUGAGAAUUAAAAUAGCCUUUUAAUCAGCUUAACAAUAAUUCACAACCUUUGGACCAACUAAAAUAGCAUUUUAGAAACAACUUCAGAGAAGAGCUGAAAGAAAACAUCUCUCAAAAAAUAGAACAAAAGACAAUAUGAGAGAAGAGAGAAAAUC